GUGCUUUAUAAAUGCUGACAGUCAGUCACUAAGCUCUGCUCAUUACACAAGUACAAUGAAGCUCUUCGUAAUACACCUACUCUGUGCAAUGUUUGUUGUAUGUGUUAUGGGCAAAGACAGGGAAUAUUUCAUUGGAAUUCAAGAAAUAUAUUGGGAUUAUGCUCCUAGUGGAAAGAAUAUAAUUUCUGGAAACCCCAUUGAUAAAGACGAGCAUGCCAGCAUCUAUUUACAACAAGGCGCAAAACGAAUAGGCAAUAUCUAUAAGAAGGCUUCUUAUUUCCAAUUUACCAAUGGCUUAUAUACAGAACAAGUAAAGAAACCAGAUUGGCUGGGAUCUUUAGGUCCCAUUAUACGAGCAGAAGUUGGAGAUACUAUCAUUUUCCAUCUUAAAAACUUUGCUUCUAGAUCAUAUGGCGCACAUCCACAUGGAGUAGAGUAUACAAAGGAAAAUGAAGGUGCCCUAUACCCAGACACCACUUCAGGGACCAAAAAGGCAGAUGAUGCUGUCAAACCUGGAGAAUCCUAUACUUACAAGUGGGAUGUAGUGAAAGACCAAGGACCAUCUGCAUCGGACGAUGAUUGUAUCAUCAGACUAUAUCACUCACACAUCGAUGGCCCAAAGGAUGUUUUCUCUGGACUUGUGGGACCAAUGAUUAUCUGUAAGGCAGGUGCCCUGGAUGGUAAAAAGUCACCUGGAAAAACAGACAAAGCAGAGGAAUAUAUCAUGAUGUUUUCUGUGAUUGAUGAAAAUCUAAGCUGGUAUAUAGAUGAAAAUAUCAAUGCUUUCAUCAACUCUACUGCUGUGGAUAAAGAAGAUGAGGACUUUCAAGAGAGCAAUAAAAUGCAUUCUAUCAAUGGAUACAUGUAUGGUAACCUCCCAGGCCUUUCUGUAUGUGAUGACACAAAUGUGAGAUGGUAUUUGUUUGGUAUGGGUAAUGAGGUGGAUGUACACUCAGCCUACUUCCAUGGGCAUGUGUUAACAUAUCAGAGGUACCGUGUGGACACUCUCAGUCUCUUCCCCGCCUCCAUGGUUCAGGCUUCUAUGCGUACUAAAAACCCUGGCAAGUGGCUUCUCAGUUGUCAAGUUAAUGACCAUUUAGAAGGUGGUAUGCAGGCACUCUAUGAGGUAAAAAACUGCACAGCAAAGAGGCCCUACACAUCUACUACAAAGAUUCGACAAUAUUACAUUGCUGCAGAAGAGAUAUUCUGGAACUAUGGAUCAAGUUUGGUUAAUCAGUUCACAGGACAAAAGCUAGAUCAUCCUGACAGUGAAUCUGCAACAUUUUUCGAACAAAAUGAUGUGAGAAUUGGAGGAACGUAUAAGAAAGCAGUGUAUAGAGAAUAUACAGACUCAACUUUCACAACGCCGAAACCAAGAUCCAAAGAGGAAGAACAUCUUGGAGUGCUGGGUCCUCCUAUUAUUGCACAAGUAGGAGAGGUUCUCAAAGUUACAUUUAAGAACAAAGCGAGUCGUCCAUACAGUAUCCAGGCCCAUGGAGUGAGCUACACAAAGGACAUGGAAGGUGCUGCCUACAAAACUGGGGAAGAUUCUAAAGAAAAAGUUGCAUCUGAGAAACAAAGUGAGCACUCUCAUCAUUCUCAUGUGGCUCCAGGAGACACAAUAACAUACACAUGGGAAGUUCCUGUCAGUGUGGGAUCUACAAUUCAUGACCUAAACUGCUUACCAUGGCUUUAUUAUUCAUCCGUGGAUGUAGUCAGAGACACCAAUUCUGGUCUUGUCGGCCCGUUGUUAGUGUGCAAGACAUUAAUCAAUAAUCAACAGAGAGGUGUAGCUCACAAUUACUUCAUGAUGCCUGCUGUAUUUGAUGAGAAUAAGAGCUGGUACUUGAAGGACAACAUUGAACUAUUUGCAGGGAAACCGCAGUCUGUGGACACAGAUAAUGAAGAUUUCCAGGAAUCCAAUAUGAUGCACUCUAUCAAUGGGUACAUGUAUGGAAAUCAGCCCGGCCUGGAUAUGUGUGUAGGAGAUUCCAUACGCUGGCACAUGCUGGGACUUGGUACAGAAGUUGAUAUACAUGGAAUCCACUUUACGGGAAACACUGUUAAAGUGCGUGACACCAUAAGGGAUGUUGCAAGUUUAUUUCCACACAUCUCAUAUUCCAUAAUAAUGAAUCCAGACAAUGAAGGUGUCUUCAAUGUAGAAUGUAUGACCACAGACCAUUACACUGGAGGAAUGAGACAGCACUACACUGUAAAGUCAUGUACUGAAAAGAAGGUUGAGUCUGGGCUACAUCGGAUAAGGACAUACUACAUUGCAGCUGAGGAAAUAGAAUGGGACUAUGCUCCAAGCCGGACCUGGGAACAAGAGUGGCUUUCACACCACCCGGAGAGCCCUGGUGAUGUAUUUUUGAAUAAAAGUGAAACAUCUAUUGGUUCAAAAUAUAAGAAAGCUGUAUACCGGGAAUAUACAGAUGGCACCUUUGCAAAACAUAAAGAAAGGACAGAAAAUGAAGAUCAUCUUGGAAUACUAGGCCCACUUAUACAAGCAAAGGUUGGUGACGAAAUCAAAAUUAUAUUUAAGAACAAAGCCAGUAGGCCUUACUCAAUUAAUGCACAUGGUAUUAAACCACAAAAUAAUGAUGUAAAAGCAACUAACCCUGGUAACGUGGAAACCUAUAUAUGGAUGGUCCCAGAAAGAUCUGGACCUAGCAAUCAGGAGAAAACAUGUUUGACUUGGGCUUAUUACUCCACAGUUGAUCAAAUUAAGGACACCUACAGUGGACUCGUUGGUCCUCUUGUGAUCUGCAAAAAAACUUUUUUUCCAUUACUCUUAAGACCUGUGCCAAAACGAUUUUCUCUACUUUUCAUGAUCUUUGAUGAAAAUCAGUCCUGGUAUCUGGAUGAAAAUAUCCAAACAUAUUCCCUUCAGCCAGAUAAAGUGAAGAAAGAGGAUGAAGAAUUCAUUGAAAGCAAUUUGAUGCAUGCUAUCAAUGGAAAAAUGUAUUCCAACUUACAUGGACUUAAAAUGAAUGUUGGGGAUCUUGUAAACUGGCAUUUAAUUGGCUUGGGGAAUGAAGUGGAUCUGCAUACAGUUCAUUUUCAUGCACACAGCUUUAAAUACUCUGCGGGUGCUGUUUACCAGACGGAUGUAUUUGAUUUGUAUCCAGGGACAUUUCAAACUGUUGAAAUGACUGCAAAGAACCCAGGAACAUGGCUACUACAUUGUCACGUGGCUGAUCACAUUCACUCAGGAAUGGUGGCAUUGUAUUCAGUACUUGAAAAUCAGGACAGUGAGUAAUUCUCUUACCGGCAAUGUGCAUGGAAAGGAAUCAAUACUCCAAAAGAUUGUAAAACAAAUACCUGGCAAAAUCUACAUGUAGAAAAUACAAGAAGAAACUUUGAACU